CGGAGGGGAAGAAUUCCAAAAGAUAACACUAUUGCUGUCGUAGGAAAACGAAAGAUGGUCUCCCAAAAUCUAUAAAUAACGCUAUGGGAUCUGAAGAUUAAUUCCAAGUCUCGAUUCCUAUUUCCUGACUAAACUUAGAAACAUAACUAUCUACUGUCACACUUCUUACCGGAAAAAAUGACGCUUAAGGUCCACGGCAUCAUGUUAUCACCGGCUGUGUUGAAAGUCAUUGCCUGCCUCAAAGAGAAGGAGCUCGAUUACGAGUUUGUUUCUACUGAUUUUAAGGCUGGAGAACUCAAAAAAGAACCUUUUCUUCGCCUUAAUCCCUUCGGUAAAGUACCAGCCUUUGAGGAUGGAGAUUUGACUCUCUUCGAAUCAAGAGCUAUUACCCAAUAUAUUGCACAUACAUAUGUCGACUGUGGGAGCCAAUUGGUCCCCAAAGAUCAUAAAGCGAUGGCGAUCAUGUCGGUGUGGAUGGAGGUUGAGGCUCACCAAUUUGAUAGUGUGGCUACCAAGUUGAACUAUGAGUUUGUCAUAAAGCCCAUGCUCGGCACGGCGACCGACGAUGCCGUGGCGGCGCAACAUGAGGAGGCGCUCUCCAAGGUUCUUGACGUGUACGAGGAGCGACUUAAGGUUUCAAAAUACUUGGGCGGGGACUGUUUCACAUUGGUUGAUCUUCAUCACACACCUCUCAUAAAUUACCUUGUGGGUACUAAAGCCAAAUCUCUAUUCGAAGCACGUCAACAUGUUGCUGCCUGGGUUGCUAAAAUCUUGGAUAGGCCUGCUUGGUUGAAGGUUCAGGAGUUGAUCAAGCAGAACACCAUCCCCGCUUCUUAAUUCGACUAUAUAAGUCCAUGCUCCAUGCCCCCAUUAUUAAUAUAUUGUGAGUUUGAGAUCUUCAUGGUUUGUAUUAUUGUGUUUUGGAUGUUCCAUCUUUUUCAUCAUUGUUUGUGUUGUACACUACUUUUGAUGGCGUUCUGUUUCACUUAUCUGGCACCUUGCUAUAUUCAAUAAUGUUGUGGAAAUUUUUACUUAUAAAAUUAUCCAAUACUGUGUUAUUUUGUACUUUGAUCUAUGAUGGAUUUAUUUGCUCUUCUCU